UUCACAAGUCUAUAUAUACGAUACGUUAAGUGUUCAUCAUUAAUACCAAACCAUUUCAUACAAUACUAAACAUUCACAAUCAUAGUUAUGAUGAAGAGACAGAGAGAAAAUGUAGUAGAAAAAGAGAGCAUGGAUUUAGCAACAAAUCUAAUGUUACUCUCAUCUCAUCGUACCCAUCAACAAGAAAACAACAAGACAUAUUCUCAAAUGGAGUUUGAGUGCAAAACAUGUAACCGCAAAUUCUCAUCUUUUCAAGCACUUGGUGGUCACAGGACAAGUCACAAGAAACUCAAACUUGAAGGAGAUGAAACACUCAAAGGGAAUAUUCAUAUGACUAAGGAACCAAAAGUGCACAAGUGUUCAAUUUGUGGACAAGAGUUCAAAUUGGGUCAAGCUUUGGGUGGACAUAUGAGAAGACAUAGAAUUAAUAAUGAAGAGGUUUCUUCAUCUUCUAUGAAUUAUCAUCAAGUGAUAGCAAAAUCUUCUCCUGUUUUGAAAAGAUCGAAUAGUAAAAGGGUUAUGUGUUUGGAGCUGGACUUGAAUUUGACACCUUUAGAAAAUGAUUUGAAGUUCUUGUUUGGAAGUAAAGCACCACAAGUAGAUCUCUCUUUGUUUUGAUUUUAGUAUCUCAUCAGAUUUUUGGACAUAUUAUGAUCAUCAUCUUUGUAUUUUUCAAUUUUUGUAUGUAACAACAUUUAUAGAUUAAUUUAUUGAGUUUCAUUGGUUAA